AGCAAGGGAGUGGUUGUAUCCUGCCACCGAAACACGUCAAUAUUUAUGUGCCUGCAGAUUACCCAGUCACAUAGGGCUAACAGUGUAUCGAACCAACAUGCGCCUAAUCAUCCGCUCAGUAUCAUCCCGCGAGAUGCGGGGCGGAUCAACAUCUUAAACCGAGUCGCUUCCCUUGGAGCGACUGUAUUCCUCAACGCCUGAUAGUUCGAUCUGGCCAGAGCUUAAUAUCUGUCAUUUACGGGCUACUAACCAGCCAUCCCCAAAACAUCAAAGCUAACUUGAAGCAUUAUCAUAUUAGCAUGCUAGGCAUGUCAACAUUGGAACUACUCAGUGCUAUUGGAAGGCAGGGAUGCUACCUUAUAAUUGGACUUUUUCUCCUGCUUUGCAGCUAUCGGAUCUUACUACAUCCUCUUCGCGGGUAUCCGGGACCUUUUCUUGCUAAGGUUACCGCUUUUUACGCUGGCUUCUACGUCGUCAAAAAGAGUCUCCAUUUGAAGAUGCUAGAAAAUCACCGGAGAUAUGGCUCGGUGGUUAGGCUAGGCCCGGACCGACUGGUAUUCAACACUGUGACGGCGUUUCGAGUUAUUUACCAGAGUGAUCAGUCCGUCAAAUCGUACACCUACCAAUCCACGACGAAAGAUUUUCCGGUCAAUAUGUUCACAGAGCGCGAUCAUGCUUCACACCUAGCUAAGCGGAAACUUAUCGAGCAAGCCAUCACUGAAAAGUCUAUGCGAUCGUUUGGGCCAGAUAUGGUGCGACAAAUUAAUACCUAUCUCAAGCAAGUGAUAGAGGCCUCGCGGACCCCGACGCCAGUAAAUAUAACAGAGAAGGCAAGGCACCUGGCCCUUGACAUCGUUGGGCAACUUGCCUUUGGCCAGAACCUCCAUGUCCAGACGAGCCAAGAGAACAGGUUCAUCAUGGAUGCUAUGUCUUUCGGCCACUACCGCCUCAACAUCUAUCACCAUAUGUACUUCCUCUCCAAAAUCGAGCCAACGAGGAUCAUUAAUUACAUCACUAGCAGAUACCGUCAAAAAUACUGGCUCUUACUGCAGACCAUGAUCAAGACACGCAUGGGCGAAGAAAGGAACGCUAGGCCCGACUUCUAUUCCUUCGUCUCCGACACACUAGAGGCGGAACCCGACACCUUAAGGGGUGGUAGUAUGUGGACCGAGGCGCUGUUUUUCAUGUCGGCCGGUGGGGACACUGUUGCAACGCUUACGUGCGCCAUAUUCUUCUACCUGUCCCGCAAUCCCGAAUGCUACAGCACUUUAGCCCACGAGAUUCGCUCUACAUUCUUUAGCGGUCACGAUAUCCAGGGCGGUCCCCAACUGGCCGACUGCGUCUACCUCCGGGCAUGUAUUGAUGAAUCCCUGCGCAUGUCGCCCCCGUCGCCAUCCAAUCACUGGCGGGAACAGGAUCCAGAUGACACCAAGCCCCUGAUGAUCGAUGGUAAUGUGAUCCCACGGGGAACAUUAAUCAGUGUUAGCCCUUACGCGCUGCAGCACAACGAGGCGUAUUUCCCUGACUCGUUCGCAUUCAAGCCAGAGCGGUGGCUAGAUACACCGGGCAAGGAGGAAGCAAGGAAGAUCGCAUACGAUGCCUUCGGCGCCUUCUCCAUCGGACCGCGAAACUGCGCAGGCAAGGCCAUGGCUUACCUAGAGGCUAGUCUUGUCGUUGCUAAGACGCUUUGGUAUUUUGACUUCGAGCCCGCCCCGGGAAAACUGGGUCAGAUCGGCGGAGGUGUAUCGGGCGCGAAAGAUGGCCGCGAUAGGCUGGAUGAGUAUCAAUUAUUUGAUAUCUUUACUUCGAGGCAUGAUGGGCCCUACUUAAUCUUUCGCCCACAAGGCGAUGUGUCUGAUAAAGGACUGGGAGGAAAUUGCGUAACCGUACCAGGUUGAUAGUUCAAUCAUUCAACACAAUAACCUUUCGUAAACUUAGCGCGUUUAUUGACUAUUAGUUAACUUUAUUAUACUAUAUACUACUACUUACUGAAGUUUUUAUAGCCCUUCAUCUACGCCUGAGCGUAUUUUGAAUUAUUUACCUAUGUAGGUAGUUCGCUAGUUGCCAUUAGGCGGGCUAAUAACUUCUACUAAGCGCGAAAGAAUCUUCCUAUAAUAUCAGUAGUUUCAAUACUUAAUUCUCUAUAAAAUGUUCCUUUAUAGCCCGGG